UGUAAACUGUAAUUAUAACACGGUAACUUAACCUAAUUAACCAAAUAUUGAAAAAUAAAAACACCUUUUUUUUCCUUUCUAUUCCCUUUCCUUCCUUUCUCUUCUUUUCCUUAAAAAACAUCUAAAACACAGUAAAUAGUUACCUCCUUGAGGAAUUCGCCACCAUUGAUGAGCACCAAAUCCGUCCACCUCUUUGCUGUUGCAGAUGGGCAAAACCAAUUUGAUUCUGGGUUUAAAGUCACUCAAAAAGGGUAAAUUUUCUUUCUUUCUCUCUUACCCAGAAAUUUCUAUCUUUCAAUUUCACUUUCGAAAUUUUGAUCAUUUUAAUCCUGCUAAUAAAACCCAUUUCUUGUAUAAAAUUUAUGCAAAUGGGUUUCAUUCUAAUUCUAUUAUUAGUAACUCUGAAAGUAGUGUAGCUAGUUUUGAAUGCUUCAUAAACAUAUUUGAUAAGCUGAUUAAUGAUCGGCCUUUACCUCCCAUUGCCACAUUUUCUUCAAUUUUGAAAUCAAUUCUUAAAGUUAGACAUUAUUCUGCUGCAAUUCCCCUCUUUAAUAAGUUGUAUUUGUUGCACGAUCAAAUUUUGCCUGAUUUGCGUGCUCUGAACAUGAAUAUUGAGUGUUAUUGCCGCUUAAAUCAAGUCGAUUUGGGGUUUUCUCUUCUGGGUAAGAUCAUCAAGCUAGGUUAUGAGCCUGACAUUGUAACAUUCACCAAUUUGAUUCAUGGAUUAUGUGCAAUCAAGAAUGGUGUUGAUGCUGUUAAGCUUUUUUACAAAGUUAUUGAUCUGGGUUUACAGCUGGAUUUAUAUAGUUAUGGAGCUUUAAUUAAGUGUUUGUUUAAAACCGGGCAAAAUGCUGAUGCAUUGAAGUUGCUUAGGAUGAGAAGACUAAUGGGUUGCAAACCCGAUAUUGGGAUAUAUCAUAUGAUUAUGUAUGGCUUUUUUAAGGACAACCUAGUGUCUCAGGCUUCGGAACUAUUCUCUGAAAUGAUCAGUGAUGGUGUCUUGCCUACUGUCACCACUUACAACCUGUUAAUAUGGGGACACGGUAAAUUGGGGCAAUGGGAUGAGGUAUGGAGGUUAUUGCGAGAAAUGAUUGAUGCCGGAAUUUCACCUAAUAUAUACUCGUAUAAUAUUUUAAUCGGUAGGCUUAGUAAAGAAGGGAGGAUGAAAGAAGUGGAGUGUGUUUUUGAUAUGAUGAUCGAUUCUUGUCAAGUUCCAAAUACUGUCACUUACAACUCGUUGAUUGAUGGAUAUUGUAAGAAUGGUUUGAUUGGUAAAGCAAGGCAGACUUUUGACACUAUGCUUGAUACGGGUUGUACACCUAAUGUUGUAACCUACAGCUCCUUGAUCGAUGGAUAUUGUAAGCAAGGUUUGAUCGAUAAAGCAAUGCAGACUUUUGACACUAUGCUUGAUAUGGGUUGUACACCUGAUGUUGUAACCUACAACUCCUUGAUCGAUGGAUAUUGUAAGGAAGGCUUGAUCGAUAAAGCAAUGCAGACUUUUGACAUUAUGCUUGAUAUGGGUUGUACACCUGGUGUUAUCACCUACAACUCCUUGAUCGAUGGAUAUUAUAAGAAUGGUUUGAUUGAUAAAGCAAGACAGACUUUUGACAGUAUGCUUGAUAUGGGUUGUACACCUGAUGUUGUGACCUACAGCUCCUUGAUUAAUGGAUAUUGUAAGAAUGGUUUGAUUGGUAAAGCAAGGCAGACUUUUGACACUAUGCUUGAUACGGGUUGUACACCUAAUGUUGUAACCUACAGCUCCUUGAUCGAUGGAUAUUGUAAGCAAGGUUUGAUCGAUAAAGCAAUGCAGACUUUUGACACUAUGCUUGAUAUGGGUUGUACACCUGAUGUUGUAACCUAUAGCUCCUUGAUCGAUGGAUAUUGUAAGAAAGGUUUGAUGGAUGAAGCACUGCAGAUUCUGGAUACUAUGCUUAGUAAGGGUUGUGCACCUGGUGUUGUAACCUACAGCUCCUUGAUCGAUGGAUAUUGUAAGAAAGGUUUGAUGGAUGAAGCACUGCAGAUUCUGGAUACUAUGCUUAAUAAGGGUUGUGCACCUGAUGUUGUAACCUACAACUCGAUCGAUGGAUAUUGUAAGAAAGGUUUGAUGGAUGAAGCACUGCAGAUUCUGGAUACUAUGCUUAGUAAGGGUUGUGCACCUGAUGUUGUAACCUACAACUCCUUGAUCGAUGGAUAUUGUAAGAAAGGUUUGAUGGAUGAAGCACUGCAGAUUCUGGAUACUAUGCUUAGUAAGGGUUGUGCACCUAAUGUUGUAACCUACAGCUCCUUGAUUGAUGGAUAUUGUAAGAAAGGUUUGAUGGAUGAAGCACUGCAGAUUCUGGAUACUAUGCUUAGUAAGGGUUGUGCACCUAAUGUUGUAACCUACAACUCCUUGAUCGAUGGAUAUUGUAAGAAGGGUUUGAUCGAUAAAGCAAUGCAGACUUUUGCCACUAUGCUUGAUAUGGGUUUUACACCUGAUGUUGUAACCUAUAGCUCCUUGAUCGAUGGAUAUUGUAAGAAAGGUUUGAUGGAUGAAGCACUGCAGAUUCUGGACACUAUGCUUAGUAAGGGUUGUGCACCUAAUGUUGUAACCUACUGCUCCUUGAUUAAUGGAUUUUGUAAGCAAAGAGGGAUGGAUGAUGCCAUGCGUCUAUUUAAAGAGAUGUCUAGUAAAUGGCAAACUCCAGAUGCAAUCACUUACACUUAAAGGAUUUUGCAAGGUCAAAGAAGUCAGAAUCGCGCUUUCUCUUUUUUGUAAGAUGCAAACUAGUGGUGAUGUUCCUGAUCUUGUCAUUUAUAAUAUUUUGUUACAUGGUCUUUGCAAAGACCAUCAGCCUAAAGAUGCUAUAUAACUCCUCAGGGAGAUGAUCGAUCA